AUGGAGAGGGAGGCAGAGAUGGAGAUGAGAAGCAGCGAAGAAAUAGAGAUUGGGACAGACAUAACUCCAACACUCACUCCUCUUUCUUUCUCUCUCCACACUUCCCGUCUUCAAACUCACUGCUCCACUUGCUUCUCUCCCCUUCCCAUUCCCAUUCCCUCCAAAACCAAUCCCAAUUCCCUUUUCUACUGUUCCCCUCCCUGCUCCGCCGCACUUUCAUCCCUCCACCUCUCCUCCGCCGAGCGCCACCUCCCUCCCUCCGCCCACUCCUCCGACCACCGCGCCGCCCUCCGCCUCCUCCACUCCCACCGCCCCUCCCCCUCGGGUCGGGUCGCCGGGUUGCUAUCUAACAGCAACUUGCUGACGUGUCAAAAAAAUCCCUCCUACUCUGACGACGACGUUUCAGAGAGGAUCAAGUUUGGCGCCAGCGCCGUGGCCGAAGCGCUAGCGAAGCAGCGCGGCAUCCCAUUCAACGACGCCGUUUUGGAGGAAGCAACGGUUGCUCUCUGCGCGGUGCUAACGAACGCUGUGGAGGUGCACGAUAGCGAAGGGCGCAACCUUGGGAUCGCAGUUUAUGAUCUCACUUUCUCUUGGAUUAACCAUAGUUGUUCCCCUAACGCGUGCUACCGCUUCGAUCUCACUUCUUCGUAUUCACCUUCGGAUAAACUCAAACUUCGCAUUGCUCCCUUCACUCGCCAUUCUCAACAACCACAAAUGGAUAGUGGAGUUUGUAGUAGCAGUUCUGAAUUUGUAAAAGAAGGGGAGUUAGGUUAUGGUCCAAGAUUGAUUGUGAGGAGUAUCAAAAGAAUAAAAAAGGGCGAAGAAGUUACUGUAGCAUAUACGGAUCUCUUGCAACCUAAGGCAAUGAGACAGUUGGAGCUGUGGUCAAAGUAUCAGUUUAUUUGUUGUUGCAAACGAUGUAGUGUUCUUCCCUUCACAUAUGUGGAUCAUGCAUUGCAAGAAAUUUCUGUUUCCACUCAUGAUUCAUCUGGUUCAUGUUCCGAUUAUAAGUUCACAAGAGACAUGGCUGAUAGAAGAUUGACUGAGUGCAUUGAUGAUGUUGUAUCGGAGUACCUUUCUUCUGGUGAUUCCGAGUCCUGUUGUAAGAAGCUUGAGAAGAUACUUAUGCAAGGUUUAAAUGAGCAGUUAGAAGGCAUUGAAGGAAAAUCAGAUUCUAAAUUCAUGCUGCAUCCCCUGCAUCACCUCUCUCUAAGAGUGUACACAACACUGGCAUCAGCGUAUAACGUUCGUGCUAGUGAUUUAUUGUCUGUAGAUUCUCAAAUAGAUAUACAUCAGUUUGAAGCUUUUGAAAUGAGCAGGACCGGCGCAGCAUAUUCUUUGUUACUUGCAGGUGCGACUCAUCAUCUUUUCAAUUCUGACUCCUCAUUGAUUGCAUCUGUUGCAAACUUUUGGACAGGAGCCGGUGAAUCUUUGUUAUCUCUGACCAGAAGUUCUGGAUGGAGAAAGUUUGUUAAUUUGGGUCCGGUUGUUUCAAACUUUGCUUCUGUCACAAAAGUCAAAUGCUCUAAGUGUUCAUUAAUGGAUAGAUUUAGAGCCUGUAUGCCAAAUGGUCACAUUAAAAGUACAGAUUUUGACAAUGUAUCAAAUGAGUUUCUUCAUUGUGUCAGAGCUAUUACACUGAAUGUUUGGAGUUUCCUUGUCUGUAAGUGCCAUUUUUUGAGAUCAUGUAUCAAUUUCAGCUGGCUAAUGUCUCCCAAAGAUCCCAGUACCGUUGAUGUUGAGGCGUAUGUUAACAAAACUGAUAUGUGUUACACCCAUGAAUCUGAAAAUAACUUCUGUAUUUGUGUAGAGCAAACUUACACUGAUCAUGCAGUAGCAUGCAUUUUUCAGCUUGGUGUACACUGCUUAGCCUAUGGAGGGUUGUUGGCUAGUAUUUGUUAUGGUCCCCAUUCCCAUUUGGCUUGUCAUGUCCAAAAUAUUCUAGAUCGUGAAAAUAGUUUUGGACUAUAUUCUCAUGAAGAAUCUUGAGAGAGAGCAUGCAUGGCACCUUGUGAAAAAUCAAUGUGUGAGAAUGCAUCAUGAUUUUUUUUAUGCUUGAUACCUGAUGAUGGUUAAAGUAUUAAGAUUCAAGAAGUUGACACGAAUUUUUAUUGGUAGGGGGUUUUUUUGGGUGCCCAGAAGAUGAUAAAGUUUUGGAAAUGCUUCGGAGAAGUGUUUAGAUGUACCGCCCAUUAGUGUCAUCAUAGUGAGCAAAAUGGAGGACAUUACCUUGUAUAACCAAUUUUUUUUAUACGAGAGGACAAAAAAUUGUUAGACGUCGAUCACCAGACUUCUAAUAGUACUAUUUUUUUUAAAUGUGCUUGCAUGAAUUCAAAGUUGAAUCAAGAAUAUUUUU